AUGAGAAAAGUGAAAGUAUUAACUAUUAAGUAUGGUACCAAACUGAGCAAGAACUGGACGGUUACAGUACAGUUCUGUAAGAUGGAAGGCCAUAUAGCUGCUGAUCUCUAUGGAGAGGCCCUACAGCAAUCAAGUAUUCAAUCUUGUCCAACAUCAGCUGCUGAUUAUGCAUUAAAUGAUGCACAAGAUAAUGGUUCUGAUGACUGGUGCAACGAGGACGGAGAUUCUUGUGAAUGGGAGUCAGAGAGAAUACGCAACCAAUUUGUCACAGUUGGAUACCGUGAAGGUCUCAUGGCAGGACAGGAAGCUUCAGCGCAGGAUGGCUUCAAUAUUGGCUUUAAACAAUCGGUAUCAGCUGGAUACAAUUUGGGUAUUGUCAGAGGAGUCACUGGUGCUCUGAAUUGCCUCCCCGAUGAUUUGAAGGAAAGAUUAGCCGAAACAGCACAAAAGAGAAACAAGUUGAAGCAGUUACAUAAAUCUGUGCAUUCUCUUUCGACAUCAGACGCACUGAAGCUGUUCCAUAAAGAGCAGACGAGAACUUCAUCAGUACACAAAGAGAAUCCGAAACCCGACUGCACCCAAAUUUCAGAUGAAGGCGUUCUCGAAAAUUAUUAUAAAGAGCUUCAAUCAAUAAUUAAAGACACUCCUGCAAUUGAAGCGUGCUUAGAUAUGAUGAAGCAGUGA